CGUGUAUAUGUUUUGUGCUGUCGAUGAUGACCACGUAAUGAAAAGGGUGGGCGGUUCUGGAUUUUAAGGACCACUGUCACUGGAGGACAGACCAAAAGCCACUUGCGAUGUUGCCGUCCAUUGAAGUAUGGCUUAGAUGCCAAUAUUGCUGUUUCGCCGGCGAGCACUUCAAGGACAAACAUUCUUGACUCGCUACUCUUAACUGAAAAGGCUUAAUAUGAUUAAAAAGUAUUGCUGCAACUACGGCAAGGGCGUACUAGUACACUUUCAGCAGCAUCAAUAUUACAGAAUACCAGCAAUAGCGUUAAACAUCAUUGACCUACUGGCUACUGGACGCUACUGGUCAUAUUUGACAGACCGACCCAACUGAAAGUUUUUUUAUUGUUUUGUGACUUUUAUUUGUGGUGAUGAUAUUUGGCGGGAAAUGUCUGUAGGACUCGACAAGGAAGCAAAGAUGUUAGUUUUGUUGUGAUGUUUUCUUUUCGCAAGGUAGCAAAAAGAGAGAAACUUGGAGUGAGGUUGUUGUGAACGUUGUUUUGUUUUGGUUAUUAUAUGAAGCUUAUAGGGUCCAGUCACAGAAUCCAGUUGUUACACUUAUACCAGUAGUGUUAAUGUUUGGCAGUGGACGGAUUAUAUGAAGACAUUAUCUACUUUUUAGCGUAACCAUGCAUGUGGUAAUAAGAAAAUUAUCCGGGUCACAGUACGAGAAUGUACUUAUUCCCAUAUCCAAGGCUAAUACUAUCAUGGAAUUACGAAAGUUGAUCCAUAAUAAAAUGAAUGUUGCUCCUGAACAACAAAUGCUCGUAUUCAUGGGAAAACAGCUAGUCGAUGAGCAUUUGAUAACUGACUAUGGUAUACAAAAUGGUUAUACUAUUCAAAUGAUUGUUAGGCAACAAAAGCUUGCACAUGAAAGUGAUACGUCACCCAAAUCUUCAGAUGCAAGCGAUAAUACGGCAGCCCAUAGUAGCAAAGAUAAUGCAGAUGAUAAAGGAACUGAAGAUGACGAGAAAAGAAGUUUAUCUGCCAGUGAUUUUUACAAAGUUGGCGAUUAUGUUGAUGUACAAUUGGUUGAUAGUGGUGCAUGGUAUGAAGCCGAAAUAGUGACGAUCACAAAGAAAUGCAGUGAGAAAGAUUCCAGUGAUAAUAAUUUAAUAUUUACAGUAAAAAGUGCACCGCACGUGAUUGAGUUUGAAGUUGACGUUACUUUUGAUGAUAUUAGACCCAGGUCGUAUCAUACUUAUACAUAUUCAGAAUUAAAAAAAGAUAUGGUAGUACUGGCCAACUAUAAUUUGGAACAACCGAAUUCUUUAGGCCUUUGGUACGAUUUUAGAAUUCAAGAUCUCUCACGUACAAAGAUCAACGGUGUAAUUCUGUUAGGAAGAGAUAAAGCGCCAAUCGAGAAAUGCUGCAUCAAGCUGAAAGAUGAAAUAAUGAGGAUUGAAAAACCAGUGCUUGCAGUUGAUCGCAGCAAGGAGCACGUUACGUAUAUUCCAAGAAAAUAUCCAGCCAACUGCACGAAAUGUCACGACAACCAAGAGAGGAAGUGUAGGGAAUGCGGGUGUCGUAUCUGUGCAGGAAAGGAAGAUUGGGCGAAUAUUAUUCUUUGUGAUGAAUGUAAUUUCGGUUAUCACUUAUCGUGCCUAAAUCCUCCUUUGGAAAGUGUGCCGGAUGAAGAAUAUUGGUAUUGUCCAGAGUGCAAAAUCGAUGAAUCGCAGAUAGUAAAACCCGGAGAGAAAUUGAAAGAGAGCAAGAAAAAAGAAAAGAUGCCCAGCAAACAAAACAAGUCAGGUCGCGAUUGGGGCAGAGGGAUGGCUUGCGUCGGUAGAUCUAAAGAAUGCACCAUCGUACCAAAAAAUCAUUUCGGCCCAAUUCCGGGAAUUGAAGUUGGCACUCGCUGGAGGUAUCGAUUUCAGGCCGCGGAAGCGGGCGUCCACCGACCUCAAGUGGCCGGUAUACACGGCAGAGACGGCGACGGAGCGUACAGCAUUUGCCUUAGCGGAGGAUAUGAAGACGAUAUCGAUGACGGUGAAGAAUUUCUGUAUACCGGGUCUGGGGGAAGAGAUCUAUCCGGUAAUAAAAGGUCUAACGAUCAGUCAUCAGAUCAGGAAUUGACGAGGACCAACAAGGCCCUAGCGCUCAAUUGUGACGCAUCCCUCAACAAAGAUGGAGCUGAGGCGAGAGACUGGAGGAAAGGAAAACCGGUUCGGGUGUUGAGAAACUGGAAGUUGCAGAAACAUUCAAAGUAUGCUCCCAAAGAAGGCAUUAGAUAUGACGGAAUAUACAAGGUAGUCAAAUAUUACAAGGUAAAAGGCUUAUCUGGCUUUUAUGUGUGGCGUUACCUGCUUAGAAGAGAUGAUCAAACACCUGCACCAUGGGAGGAAAAUGGACAGGAAUUCGAUGUUAUCUAUCCGCCAAACUACCAUGAAGCCCUAGCAUUGGAACAAGAAGUGAAGGAAAACAAUGCUUCUACCAAAAAUAGUAAGCACAACAAGAAUAAACCGUCACAGGGGAAAAUGACGUCUCCAAAGAAAGCUAAGCAAGACACCAAAAGGAAGACAAAUACUCUUGAUUCCUUCCUCAGCGGUCCUUCCCCAAAAAAGGCUAAGAUCGCCGAAUAUAAAAUUCCGGUAGAUAUCGAACAAAUAAUUUCUAGCGAUGAGGAUAAUUCCAAGUUGUGGAAGGAAUGUAAAGAAUUUGCGAAGAAAGGAAAGCAAGCGUUUCUGCAAAAGGUUGAAGAAACGUUUAUGUGCGUAUGUUGUCAAGAGGUAGUCCAUUUGCCUGUGACUACAGAAUGUAAGCACAAUAUCUGUAAGGGUUGCUUCCAGAGAUCCUUCCGGUGUCAAAUCUAUAGUUGCCCGUUUUGUCGGUACGAUUUUGGCGAAAAAUAUCGCCUAGCGGUGAACGAAACAUUAGGGCAGGCUUUGAAGAUGCUAUUUCCGGGUUAUGACGUUGGUAGAUGAAUCAAGUGUAUUAAAUAGUUCUAAGUUUUUAUAUUAAUGACUGAACCUUUAAUAAAAUAAAUAAGUUUCGUACA